GGAAGUUGGAUUUCGGCUUGAGGUGGAGAAGGCGUCUGCUGGUGUAAGCCCAGAGCUGAAAUGCUUCAUUGUUUACUGAUUUAAAGGAGCUUGUGCUGUGCAACCAUAACAACCAAGGUUGAGAAUUCCUGCUGUGCCGUUUCCUGGCCCUUUGAUCUGGUUGCAGACACUUCUUGGUUCUUGAUCUUCCACAAUGGGUGAGCCACAGCAAGUGAGUGCCCUCCCACCCCCUCCGAUGCAGUACAUCAAGGAGUAUACAGAUGAAAAUAUUCAGGAAGGCCUCGCUCCCAAGCCUCCACCUCCAAUAAAGGACAGUUACAUGAUGUUUGGCAACCAGUUCCAGUGUGAUGAUCUUAUCAUCCGCCCUUUAGAAAGUCAGGGUAUUGAACGACUUCAUCCUAUGCAGUUUGAUCACAAGAAAGAACUGAGAAAACUCAAUAUGUCUAUCCUUAUUAAUUUCUUAGACCUCUUAGAUAUCUUGAUAAGGAGCCCUGGGAGUAUAAAACGAGAAGAGAAGCUAGAAGAUCUUAAGCUGCUUUUUGUACAUGUACAUCAUCUCAUAAAUGAAUACCGACCCCACCAAGCAAGAGAGACCUUGAGAGUCAUGAUGGAGGUGCAGAAACGUCAACGUCUUGAGACAGCUGAGAGGUUUCAAAAGCAUCUCGAACGAGUCAUUGAGAUGAUUCAGAAUUGCUUGGCUUCUCUGCCUGAUGAUUUGCCUCAUUCGGAAGCAGGGAUGAGAGUGAAAACUGAACCAAUGGACGCUGAUGACAGCAACAAUUGUACUGGACAGAAUGAACAACAAAGAGAAAAUUCAGGUCAUAGGAGAGAUCAGAUUAUAGAGAAAGAUGCUGCCUUGUGUGUCCUGAUUGAUGAAAUGAAUGAAAGGCCAUGAAGGAUGUUUCUUUUCCUUUCCCCUUCAGUGAAUGGUAUACACAUUAGUUAAUUCACUUUUAAAGAGUCUCAAAAGAGAUAUAACUAGAAGGCUUGCAAGCAGCUUGAUUCUCCAACUGUGAGAAGUCACAGCAGUAAUUUCACCUUAUGGCAAGCAUAGGUAAAUGAGUGUGCCUACAUUAAUUAAGAGUGAUCACCUUAAAAAGCAGAGUGCAGGUAUUUGUGGAAUAUCCUUGUUUCCAGAGUUGCAGUGAAUUUUGAAGAUAUCUUCAGUGAUAGCAGGUUUUCAACCCUGGAAAGUAGAUUUGUCAUUUGCUUUAAGAGUGAUAGAUAAUAAAGGAUAUCAGACUUUAUAAAUGUGAAAUUAUGAAAUCUUUGUUUCACUUAAAAACUUGCUUAAUCUCUAAAAAAGAAUAGUGUAACAUGUUUAAAGAGAGGAACCCCAGAGUUAUAUAACAGUUUCAUUUUUUUCUGUUGGCUGUUCUUGCAAACACUGUCUCAGCCUUUUACCCCUAUCCUGGAUGGAUCCUGGAACUUUUAUCCAGUCCCUAAGAAGUACUUUGAUCACUUUUAGUUAUAAACAUUCAUUUUAAUCAUUAAAAUGUCCAUGUGAAUUAUCUGUACUACAUUUCCUAGAUUCAGACUUGCUUUAGGCUGGAAGCCUGCAAUGGAAAGGGGGUUUGGUGGCAGAGAUUGCUGGAUCUCCACCAGAGAUUCUUACUCCCCUGAGACAUGCCUUGCCAGAAACUAUGGUUCUCCAGUCCCUGUGCAUCUCUGUGAGGCCACGCAACUGAGUUCUUAGCAGUGGAAUAUGACAUAAAAAUCCAGGCCUGCCCCAUAAAAGUUUCUUAUAUCACCCACCAUUCUCUUCUCAUCUGCUGGUUUGAUGGUCACACCCAGGAAAACUUUGGAAGCCCCUUGAAGAUGGCAAAAGUUUGGUCAUUUUGGGUCCUUGAAUGCCUGAAGACUAGGACCUCCUUUCAUUUUAACUCCACCCUCCCUGCCCCCCCACCCCCUCCCCACCCCACCCUUCUCCUCACCCCUGCUGAUUUAACUUCACCAUGUGAAUAAGAAGUCAACUUACUGUUGUUAUUUUGUUGUAUUGUUGUUUUGAGCACUGAGAUUUCGUUUCUGCACUUCUCUUUUCUGUUCUCCAACCCCUCUUCCACUGAAAUCUUGAUGGAGAGUCUGCCUUGUAUCUCAGGGUUUCUACCAGCCUUCCUCUUAAUAAAGCAUAUUUAGAAAUAUGCUUUGAGUGAUUCUCAAAGCAUAGUGCUAGACUGGCAGCAUUGGCAUCACUUAGGGACUGGUUAUGCAAAUUCUCAGGUCCACCCCAGCCAUGCUAAAGUGAAUUCUAGAAGUGGGGCUCAACAAACUGUGUUAAAGAGCUCUCAGGUGACUCCCGUGCAGGUUCAAGCUUAUGAAUCCCUAAUAAUGGUAAGGCCUUUUCCCAAAUAAACUGGCAAAGCCUGGUUUAAA